AUGAACGGCCUCGACAAGAUAAUCAUCGUCCAUAACAACCAGAAUGUCGGCCUCAUCGAGUUUUGCGUAAAUAAUGUUCGAAACGCACGCGACGAUGCAGUUGAGAUCUUGAGCAAGUUUGAACAAAAAGGCAGCUCCAAAUUUAGCUCUGUAACAAGAUUUUUCAGCCGAAUGGGCAAGCAGCUUCUGUUUGUUCUUCAAGAGCAGAACAUUCAGGGUUACAGUGAGCGUGUAGAGACGGCCAUGGCUGGGCUGGGCAUCGCCCUCCACGUUGCCUUACUAGCUAAGACACAGGAUGCGCACGACGAUAACAAGAAAGCAAUCAGCGAUUUAACGAAGCACUUGGCUGCCAACCUGGAUAAGCUGGAGAAUAACCACCAAGAAACCCGUAGAAAUCAGGAAAACAAGACCAUCCACGUCGUUGUUGCGCCAGCCCACCACCGUUAUCUUUCUUGGAAAGCAACCCAGCGAAGUCGGAGCAAACACACCAGGCAACCUCGGAUCGCUCAGACCUCGACAACCGAAGUCCUAAAUCAGCCCGUGGUGGCUUCCGAGUUACCUCAAGUCGGCUUCUCGCCGGGUCCGCAACGAGACCUUAGUGUCGAGUCAAGUGGCUCGUCUGACGGCAUGCAACGAUUGCCAGAGCAUGUACGUGAGAGGAGACUUGAGUCUCUUGCGCAUGCAUGCCGGACCCCGGACACAGGCUGCGAGCUCCCGCCGCUCGACGAGCAAGCCGAUAACAUCGAAGUCAGGUGUGAGGAUGGCAGUGUAGCUUUCAUUACUGCUGAAACGACCCAUGACGACACAAAUGAAGUCAUCGAUGCCGAGAAAACACGGGUCAACAUGUCGGACCAGCUAUCAAUCACCCGCACUACCCAGGACGGUAACAGCCCUCACUGUGAUGCGGACGACCUUUUGGAAUUCUUGGCCAACGAUGCACCCGGGAAAGAUUAUCCCACCUCCGUUGAAAAAGACAUGACGAAAUAG